UGGGCAUGCAAUUGCGUGCAUCCACAUGGGAAUAGAACGAAGCAGCACUCGCACCGCUUCGCACUCGUACGGCCGAUCUCUAUCCGGCGCUACUCUACAGUAGGGACUCAGGAUCAUUGACGAGAGGCUCGCCGUCCGGACUCGGAGAAUGCGAUGAGCCACUCUGGAAACUCCGAGCUGAGAUGCAGUCUUGCUCUCUUCCUCCACGUCCACCUCUGUCCGUCCCAAGCCACACAUCCGCUGACGGCUGAACCGACGAGAAGGCACGAAGGUUGGCCAAGAGCAAGAAAGGGAUUUGACAGCCGCUCUUUCUUGGGGCCAGUGAGCUGAGCGUACAGUAGCCGGUCCCGUUGGUCGGGCAAUUUGGUACAAGUUUUGAUUGACCGGAGUGAGAAGGGAUUAUAAGCAGCUAGGCUGCGCAGCAUCGCUCCUUGUCUUUCUCCCUCAUCAUUACCAACACCAUCAACACACAAAGAUGUCCUCUUCGACUCUCCCCACCUCGCAAAAGCAGGUUCACCUGCUGCAACGCCCGGGCAUGAAGCCCAUCGACUCGUCGAUCCUCGGCGUCGUCUCCUCCCCUCUCAACGUCCCCACUCCCCUCCCUGCCAAGCACGUAGUCGUCAAGGUGCAGCUCCUCUCCCUUGACCCUUCCAUGCGCCCCUCUAUGAACCCCGACCGCAAGUCGUACCGUCCCCCUCAGCCGCUCAACGAGACAAUGUGGGCUGGCGGCAUCGGUGUGGUAGUCAAGUCGAGCCACGACGACUUCAAGGAGGGUGACAAGGUCCUUUCUGGCUCGCUCGGAGCGCAGGAGUACGCCGUCGUCGACGUUGAGCAGGCACAGAAGACGGGCUACUUCAGCAAGAUUGACGCCUCGCGCGGCAUUGACGAGAAGGAGUACCUCGGCGCUCUCUGGGGCACUGGCCUGGCUGCUUACUUGGGUCUUGUAGAGGUCGCCAAGGUGCAGAAGGGCGACAGAGUGCUCGUCUCUGGUGCGGCUGGCGCUACGGGUGGGCUUGUGAUCCAGAUCGCCAAGCUGAUGGGCGCUGCUGAGGUCAUUGGCAUUGCUGGCGGGCCGGAGAAGCAAAAGUACGUCACCGAGACCCUCGGCGCCGACUCAUGCAUCGACUACCGCGACUCCGGCUACUACAAGCAGAUCACGUCUCUCUCCGACCGCCCGGAGGGAGGCAUGACCGUCUACUUCGACAACGUCGGCGGCGAGACCCUCGAUGCUGCCCUCCAAGCCAUGGCCGCCGGCGGACGAAUCGCCUGCUGCGGUGCCAUCUCCGGAUACAACGGCUCCAGCACCUUCACCGGGCUCAAGUACUCGCACCUGAUCGUCGGUCGUCGCCUGAGCCUGCAGGGCUACAUCGCUUUUCCCUCCUUCUGGCCAAAGGAGACGUUCCAGGGCGCCAUCGGGCAGCUCGCGACGUGGGCUGCGCAGAAAAAGAUCCACACGAGGUUCCACUUCCACGACAAGGUGGGCGUGGAGAACUUCACAGACGCUUUGGUUGGGCUGUUCGCGGGAAAGAACCAGGGCAAGAUGCUGCUCAAGGUGGACUCGGAGUGGAAGGACGCAGAGAAGGAGUCGUCGAGGUUGUAGAUAGGUGGUGCAAGGCAAGCAGGUCAAUGAUAUGCAUGAACAAAAGAGUCGUAUACGAGCGUGAGAUAUGGGAUGACAUGGUGCAGAGCGAGCUGGAGAUUAUGCCGCCGCCUUCUUUGCCUUCUUCGUCUUCUUUGCCGACUCACUCGCCUCGUCCGCCUCGCCCGCACUGCUCCUCUUCGACUUCUUGGUCGCUGUCGGUGAUGCUGCUGCGGGCGCCUCUACUGCCUUGUCCGCCUUUGCUACCUUUGCUGCCUUGCUCGGCUUCGGCGCGGGUUCCUCUUCCUCACUCUCACUGUCCUCACUGUCAUCCCUCUGCUCCUUGAUUCCCUCCCAUCUCUUUGCCAGCUCCCCAUUC